AUGCCCCGACGAUCCAUCCGCCUGCUAGGCUACACCACCGCCGCUACCGGCAUAGCCAGCUACGGCAUCCACCGUGGACUUUGCCAUCUCGAAGAAAAGUACCCAGAACUUCCUCCCGCAGCGGGUAGCAAGGCCCUCCGGAAACCUCAGAACCCAAAUACCCAGCACUGCGCAUAUGCCAACAUCUAUGCCGCACAAAUACCCCUACAAAACCUUGACGCACGCGUCCCAAGCCUAAAGACACCAACAAAAACAGAGCUCGAGUAUGCAUGGGCUAGAUCCGUCCUCGGAGGCAAGAUCUUACGAGCUGAGGGCUUUAUCGUCGGUCUAUUCACUAGCUUCCGCUUCACAUCAGGCGAUACAGGGAACUCAGCGGAAGGAUUCUUGCCAGACAAAACCACCGGCGCGCCGCGCCCUCUGCUUAAUGGUUUAUUGCAAGUGCAGCGACUCCCUUCUGUUGACGCGGACAGUAACGGACUAUUGGUCUCUUCGGAAUUGCCGGACGGACCCCGUGAGUUCUUUGAGAAGAUUGCGCGGUGGGGGUAUCCUUGGCGCUUGAUGUCAUCUCUCCGACAUGAGAUGAGUGUCUCGGAGCCAUUCCAGAUGAAUGGACAGGGGAUGUUUGUUGAGGUUAGGUUUUCAAGUGCGCACGAUUAUGAGGUUGUGGAUGCAGAGGGUGAGAUGGGGAAACAGAAGACUGUUCCAGAUUGGGUUCUGAGGUUGCAUCGUGGGUUUGCUAUGUUUGUGCUUGAUUCCGUUGUUCGAGAGUUGCAGCGGGAUGCUAAGAAAUAG